AUGAAACAGAAAUAAUUUUUGAGGAAGAACUGGUUCUGGGUUGCUGGGAUAGCAUUUCUAGGCGUCCACUUUGGGACCUAUUUUAUUCAGAGGGUGGCAAAGAGUUCUGCUAGAGAAACUAUGGCUCUCAAAGAUUCUAAAAGCAGCAAUUGAGUCCCCUGACCGUGUCACCGGAUAAAUCACAAUUCACCAAUGUUAAGACUCUAUGAGUACAGCAUACAUUUGUAAUGUUACACGUUCCCCCACUUGUUGGUGUAAACGUAAUAAAUUAUAUGAUUUUUAAAUCUUAA